AUGCGGCUUCGACUGACGGUACAGCGGAACGGCUUGCCUGCCGCCAACAUCCUCUGGAGCGUGCCCGAUACGAAUAGCCCGCAGGCUUACACCAUCACGCGCCUGCUUGAAGACGUCAAUCAUAUCAUUCCGCUAGAGGCAGAGCAUUGGGGCUUGGAGCACUAUGUCGUUGAAGUAGAUGGGUUUGAGUGUCUGCACUUCUCACCCAUAUCACAGGCGCUAAAGGAGGACGACCAUGUCUCCAUCCGCCCGCUCAUGACUGCCGAAGUUCGCGCACGCACACUCACCGGCCGCCACCAGAUAUCAGACGAUGGGCGACACCUCGUUGACGGUGUACCCUUUGGACGACCGUACCUAAGACAUCCACAUCGACCGGCCGUACGGAUACCAUCGCGCAAGCGACAACGACUCGACGAGGCAGAGACAGACGAGCAUGUUGAGGUUACAGGCUUGUUGACUGCGAAUGGCGAGGGGAGCGAGGAGCCGGUGGAAGGCUCAAUAAUGGCCACCUCUACCAAUCGAGAAGUUAGGUCACGGCAAGGCUCCAAGUCGGUACAGUUCCAGCAGUCAGGGCUAGACGAGGAUGGUGAUAGCGAGGAGGACGACGAAGACUUUGCGCCUGAAAGAGAUAGCGCCGAUGACAUUUCCAUGGAUGACGAUUCAGACACAGAUUCGGAUGCAGAAUCUGGUUCAGACACCUCAGACUCAGACUCAGGUUCAGAUUCUUCUAGUGACAGCGACAGCGACAGCGACAGCGACUCGGACAGUGAGAGUGAGGCAAGUUCACCGCCUGAGAUCAUGUCGUCUAAGGAUGGCACGAGGAUGCAGAGUACCGUGACGCCAAAGCAUGUGCUUCCAGGUGAAGGCCGAACGACCACCAAAUCUAGAAAUGCUCGUCGCACUAUGACCAAUCGUCUGCGGCGUCUGAAAGAAUCUGGUGAGCUUCACGAAGACGCUGACUUGAGUGAUCUGCGGAAGUACGAAGAUGCAAACAACAGCAACACACUGGAAGAACCCGAUGCGUCAGAACCUUGCUCCAACCUGACAGGGAAGAGGAAACGAGUGGCGGACGAGGAGUGUUCAGAGGCAGUUGCCGAGGACAUUAGCGAACUCGAGCAACGCAAACGAGAGUUGAUGGCAAGAUUUGGCGAGGAGACGUCCAGUAAUACUGUACAGGGAGAUGGAACCGCCCAGCCUCAACCUCCCGUUGUCGAGCCAGCGGUCGUAUCACCACCAACUCUUUCGAGUGAGGAGCCACCAACGAAGAAAGAGACACCUUCCAAGCGAUUACGACCAGACAUUUCCGCCAUCAGCCGGAUCCUUGCUCGUCAGGCAGCGAGACCUGCUGCCAAGAAGGCGAAGACCAAGUCCACAGUCGAAGAAGUACCAGAGCCUCAAGGCGCCUCAGAGCCCGACUUCUGGAAAUCCAGAAUCAACCUCUCAGCAUUCGAAUGCUGGGAAGAAGACUUCGAGCUUACCGCCCCUCCUUUUCCCUUCCAGCAGCACUGGGAUCCAGCGAGCAGGCUCAUGCGCGAAAAAGCGUCCAGCAAGAAGAAAGGGAAGAAAGGCAGAAAGGAUGCGCCACGCGACUCCAUCGCUGCUGAGGAAGAGGAAGAAGGGGAGGAGGAGGAGAAGAUAAUACUGGAUUACGAUGAUGCUCCAGCGACAGAAAAUCCAGAUGCAGAGAUCAAUGCAGCUAUCGAGAGCCAGCUAAGACAGGAUGUCGCAACAGCUGCGCAGUCAGAUCUACCUCUGCCUCCUGACGACAUGAGCACAUUGCCUGGCCUCACCUCCUUCGAUAUCAAAGAAGGCGCUGUCAUCGUGUGCAAGUUCUUCAGCGUAAAUCCCAUCACCAUCACACCUGAAAUUAGUGACUACAAGACGGCAGUUGUUGAACGAGAAGGAGAUUCAGGUAAUGGUGCGGGUACGAUACGGCUCAAGAUUGCAGAGCGUGAUUUGCCUAAGAAAGAGAAAAGAUUUGAUAGCAAGGGUAAUCGGAUAUAUGGUGCUGGGGACGGAUUCUUCAUGGACGAUGACGACGACGAGGACGACGAAGGCUUGUGGGAGGGCCAGUUCAGUGAGCUUCUUGAGCCAAAGCUUCUCAAGGCUGUGUGA